CUAAGAUCAUGUGACCACUCCUCUCUUCCUCUUCCAGGUUCUUAGCUUCUAGCAUUGAGGUCAUUGCUUUUACUGCAGAGAUACACUGUGAUCAUUUUACAGAAUGCCUGUCGACUGGUUUGGAUUUAGCUAUGCAGCACUGGUAGCUUCUGGAGGAGUGAUUGGCUAUGUUAAAGCAGGCAGUGUCCCGUCUCUUGCAGCCGGCCUUCUUUUUGGGAGCUUAGCUGGGCUAGGUGCCUAUCAAAUGUCCCAUGACUCCAAGAACAUACUGCUAUCACUGAUUGCAUCUGGUACUUUGGCUGGAGUUAUGGGAUUCCGAUUUUACAACUCUGGAAAAUUCAUGCCUGCUGGAUUGAUUGCAGGUGCUAGUCUUCUAAUGGUUGGCAGACUUGGACUCAAGAUGUUGCAGAAACCUCAUGAUCCAUAACGGGAGUUAAAAAUUAAUGUGUUUAAUUAUUCUUUAAAUGUAUGCCAAUUACCUUUUUCUGAAUAAA